GUGAGAAGCUACCGAACCAUGUUGAAUUUGUAAACAUAAUGCACUUGAAACACUCUUUCUCCAUUACAAAUGGAAUAAAUGCAUUGCGUUGAUGUUAAAAAUGAGGAUGUCCUUUUUAAACGGACUGCUCUUGCUCUUUGUCGGACUCACGCAAGGGGCUUCAUUCUAUGGUGAUGGAUUUGUGCAGUUAAAAGGGACGGAGUCAUCUAGCCGUAACACACUGCACGUCCGUUUCCGCACCUCCAGCCUGAGCGGACUAAUUUUCCUGGCUGCAGGGCAGACUGAUUACCUGCUGCUGGAGAUGAGUGCUGGCAGACUGCAGGUAAGGUUGGAUCUUGGCUCUGGGGAGAAGGUCCUUCUAUCUGACAGUGGAACCCAGCUGAAUGAUCUAGCCUGGCACAGUGCAGAGCUUCUCCACGAGUUCUACAAUGUCACACUGACCGUGGACCACCACUCACAGAGCAGCCUGCAGAUGUCAGGCCCAGAACAUGAGCUCCACAUCAAUGAUGGUUUAUAUGUGGGUGACAGAGGAGGUUUGGAUAAGGUCUAUCUAGCUAGCGAAAUCCAUGGCUUUCGUGGUUGCCUUGAUGAAGUAAUAUUUAACCAGCACAACCUCCUUUCAUCACUGAGGUCCUACUCUGGGUUUAAGAAUGUCUAUGAGGUUUCUCUUGGUUGCAGCCCUCAGUUUUUAGCAAAUGAGGAUGACACAGUAAUUUUUUUCAGCUCAAGGGCUUACAUAUCCCUUCCACCUUGGACAGCACAGCAUGAGUGGGCUCUUGAAUGCUCAGUACACACCUUAUCCGAGGAUGGGAUCAUUAUGUACAACUCAGCACGGCAGGGAGAUUUUGUUGCAAUGGAGAUCCAAAAAGGUCUGCUUGUUGCUGUGAUCUGUAAAGAUGGACUUACAACAGAGCUACGUUCUCUCACCUUCAUUAAUGACAAUAAAUGGCAUGAUGUUAAGCUCUACUUUACUUUAAAAAGCCUCCAACUCACAGUAGACGGAGAGACUGUAAAGUCCAGCAUUAGUUCCAGGUCAAAACAUUUUUAUCUGAAAGGUUUUCUUUUCCUUGGGGGAAUUGAUGACAGCACACGUAGUGAAGUAAGAAAGGUGGGCCUUUCCUCUGUAGCAGGAAAGCGUGUUAAAGGAGGAUCCUUUAAGGGAUGCUUUAGGAACAUUAAAGUAAAUUAUGUUAAAAUGGGUCUUCCUAAUGCUGUUGUAACUAAAGACAUCUCUGUCGGCUGUGAACCUGAAAAGGAGCUAGAAAUAAUCACCACUGUAAUCCCAGAAACACUUACCUAUACCAUUUUUGGCUCUGUCACUCAACCACCAGCCAUUGAUGUGUCCACCCUUGCUAAGGGUCUUGUGAGGAAGUAUGGAAACAAUUUUCUUCAGCUUAGGAACCUUGUUGUCCCUGAAGGUGGUCGGGCAUCCUUGAAUUCAAAGCACAUAAAAGUAAAUCUUGAUUUCAAGAAGCUUGGCAUCCGCCAUUCUCAGAUUGUCUUUAGGAUUGAAGAGCAGCCUGUGCAUGGUCAGCUUAGGCUUGAUGUGGACCAAGAGCAGGCGGAGCAUACGUUCAGCAUGCUGGAUUUGUGGCACGGCAGAGUGAUGUACAUCCAUGGUGGUUCUGAAGAUCCACAGGACUUCUUCAUGUUCUCCGUGUUCUCCAGUAGCAGAAAGGAGGUCCCAAACUAUCUCAAGGGACGCAAGUUGUAUCGGUAUAAUGUGACUGUUACACCAACCAACGAUGCCCCUGAACUGAGUCUGCCUGAAGGAAAUCUAUUUAUUCUCCUUGAGAACUCCAGGAAGAAGCUGACCACUGAUGUGAUGAAGGCCAUAGACAUUGACAGCAAUUAUACAGACCUUGUUUACUCUGUGUUAGGGAAUCUCAAUGCUGAUGCAGGGUUUUUGGAAAAUGAAGACAAUCCGGGUGCUGCGGUAACGUCUUUCUCCCACUCAGCUCUCGUAGAGUGUAAGAUAAAUUAUGUCCACACUGGAGUGAGGAAUUCCAGGAUUGUUCUGAGAGUCAGUGAUGGAGAGAAAGUUAGUAACACAGUGGUGCUUAGAAUCAUGGCUGUGGGACUAGAGUAUAAGAUUUCCAAUAACACCGGUCUGGAAGUCACUCAAGGAGAGAUGUUUCUGUUAAGCACCAACCAAUUGGCAGUCUGGACAAAUGCAGUGAAGCAGAUGGUUGACAUUCGUUAUGAUGUGAUGGAGCCACCAAAAUUUGGCGAGCUCCAGAGGCUGCAUUCAAGUGGAGAGUGGAAGAUCACCAGCUCAUUUUCUCAAAGAGUUCUUGAAAAGGAGCGUUUGAGAUACCUCAGCACUUACCAGUCUAUUCAAACAAGUUAUAGUACAGAUCACUUCAAGUGUAAAGUCACUGUGGCUGCUAGAGCUAUGGAGGAGCUUGUGUUUCCCAUUCAAGUAAAGUGGAUAAACUACACAAUCGAGAAAAAUGAAGCUAUAGAACUGGACAAAAUUAGGAGUGCUGUAAUUGACCCAGAGCAUCUAUAUGCAACAGCACAUGGUGUAAGAUUGUCUAAGGAUGAGCUCCGUUUCAGAUUGUUGUCUCUACCAAAACGAGGGAUAAUUGUAAUGAAUAAUGCCAUAUUGUAUGAGAACUCCACAUUUGCUCAAAGGGACAUCACAGAUUUAAAAGUAGAAUACCAACUAGUGGAUAGAUCAUAUGAGGAUACCAGUGAUGAAUUUGUUUUCCAAGUAUUCUCAAAGCAUGCACAUUCUUCUAGUCACACUUUCAAAAUUAACAUUAAAGCAGAUGUCAACAGCAUUUUCAUGACAAACAAUGGGCUGUCACUUCUUGAAGGUGAGAGUAAACUGAUAACAAAAGAUGAAUUGUUUGCGGAAACUCUUAGCACUAAAGAAAUGUACUAUACCGUCACAAAGGCUCCACACCAUGGCAAGAUAACACGAAUCAACUUGUCCAACUCUACCAAAGAGUUUGACAAUAUUCUGUUGUUUACCAAUCAAGAUAUUCUAGAGGAGCGUAUUAUGUAUGUUCACGACGACAGUGAAACAAAUCUCGAUAAUUUUACCUUCAUUGCCUCGGCAAGUCCAUUAACAAAGUUUUCUAUGACAGAGAAUGACAUUGUCUCCAAGGAAGGCUUUUUUUUUAUUUCUAUACAAUUGGUGAAUGAUGAAAAACCCAUUCGUAUUGUAGAUAAAGUGUUCCAUGUUGUCAAAAAUGGACAAAGAUUACUGACCCUCGAUGACCUGUGCUACCAUGACGCAGACUCAGACAUCAGUGACGGGCAGCUUGUCUACACCAGGCGUGGCAUCCCAAUGGGGGAUUUGGUUCUUGCAAAUGACACUUCACACAAGCUCUACCAGUUUCGCCAAGAGGACUUGGAACAGAAACGAGUGUUGUUUGUUCACCAUGGGAUGAACUCUGGGCGUUUUGUCCUCUUUGUGUCCGAUGGCAAGCACUAUGUCUCCUCUCUGUUAGAUAUUACCGCACAGGAUGCUUAUUUAAAAAUUGGCAACAACACAGGCCUGUUGGUUCAGAAAGGACAAGCCAAGACACUUAGUCAUGCUAACUUCAGUGUGGAUACAAACCUUGACAUCAGAAAUGACCUUGAAAUUGUAUUCAAGAUCCUAGAGGUUCCAAAACAUGGGAAGUUAUAUUUAAAAGACAGCCAAACUGAGUCAUUUUCCCAGCAUGACCUGAGGAAUGGCUUCUUGUCUUAUCGCCAUGACAACAGUAAGAACCUGGCUGACUUUUUUAAACUCCUAGUGGAAGCGAAGGACCUUCAGCAUGAUGCUAAAAUCCAUGUGAAGGUGUACCUGGAAAGCCAUCAAAGGCCACCUGUCAUCGUUUAUAACAAAACCUUACUGGUAGAGGAGGGGAAACCAGUCAAGAUUGAGAGCAGUAGACUCAAGGCAACUCAUGAGGCUAGUUCAUCCUCAGAAAUAACCUUCACCAUCAAAGUUGCUCCAGCUCAUGGAUAUUUGCGGCAUUAUAUUGAGGGUAAAGAUCAAUACCAAGGAACACAAGAGGACCCAUUGGUGACCUUUUCCCAACAGGAUGUUAAUGCUGGCAACAUUCAGUAUGUACAGGUGGCACCUGGUCAAAUGAGUGAUUCACUCACUCUAGAGGCCAGCAACGGGGUCGUUGAAGUCAGUGACAUCAUCAUGUCUGUGGACAUCAUCCCACGCCUCAUACCCAUUGAGGUGUCCAAUAUCACUCUGAAGGAAGGGGCAUCUAAAGCACUCACUGAGGAGAUCAUCAGAGUAACCAACCCACAUUUCUCUGGCCUGAAUUUUGUUUACUACAUCUCAGAGAGUCCCAUGCAUGGCCACAUUGAGAAUUCACGUUUUCGAGGGAUACCUACAACCUACUUUACAAGGAAACAGGUGGAGCAGGAGUUUAUUUAUUAUGUCCAUGACAACACAGAGACCUUAGAGGACCACUUCACAGUCACAGCAAAUGACACAGACCUGCGAAAACACAGUGCACCAUGGACAGUGUAUGUUCAAGUCACAGCCAUCAAUGACGAGCCUCCAGUCAUUACAGCCAACAAGGUCCUCAGGGUGUGGGUCGAGUCAGUCACAGAGAUCACCCCUGAGGAUCUAAAUGCAGAAGAUGAGGACACACCCCCUGAGCAAUUGGAGUACAUCAUUACUCAACCCAGCAAUGGACAUCUGGCUCUGAAGAGGGCCCCCAACAGGCCAAUUAUGAACUUUACUCAAGCUCACAUUGACCAGCGGCUGCUGCUUUUCGUUCAUAGUGGUCCUAUGUCAGGAGGCUUUAACUUCCAAGUGAAUGAUGGUGUGAACUUCGCUCCCAGGCAGAUAUUCAGUAUUACAGCUCGUGCCCUGGUUCUAACUCUAGAGAAGGCUGGACCUCUCCAGGUGUUUCCAGGCUCCUCAUCGCUGAUUUCAAAAGAGGUUCUUCAGGCAGUAACCAAUGACGAUAACAGCAUCUCAAACCGAACUAUUUAUUUUACUGUAAUCAAUCUUCCGAAAUUUGGAAAACUGGUCAAUGUGCAGGCAGACAAUUCCACUGUAGAUAUAUCAUCCUUUACACAACAAAUGGUGGAUAUGGGCGAAGUGGCAUAUGAGCAGAGUCAUGUGACCUCUUUGGGAUGGGCAACAAUUGACAAGUUCACAUUUACUGUGUCAUCCCCUCCUGCUACACUUGAAAUGCAGACAUUUGACAUUGACAUUUCAUACGAAAAUGUUGGACCUGAACGAAGUUCUGUGCUCCUAAAAAACAAAGGUGUGGAAGUAACUGAGGGUGAUAAAGUACUUAUUGACAAAUCAAUGCUGGAUGCAUCCAAUCUCAUGACUAAGCAGCCUGAAUCAAAGCGCAGCUCUUAUGAGGUUUGGUACCAGGUCACAUCUCUUCCACAGCAUGGUGUCAUUAUUGUUGGAGAACGAAAUCUCACAAAAGAAAAACCCAAUUUCUCUCAGUUCAUUCUAAACAAGUAUGGAAUCACGUACCAUCAUGACAACUCUGAGACCGACCAUGACCAUUUCAACUUUGAUGUGUACCUCAACCUGAAGAGCAAACCACCAACACGCCCCCUAGAUGACUCUGAGGUAUUGUCUGAAUCUUUUAACAUCACAAUUGCCCCUGUAAAUGAUCAGCCACCUGUUCUGAAGACCAAAGCCCCCAACCUUAAAGUUGUCCAGGGUAACACCGUGGCUAUCGGACCCAACAACUUAUGUGUGGUAGACUUGGAUAAUCCACCUAAUGAAAUCCAAUACACUGUCAUUAGUAAACCUAGCAAUGGUUUCCUUGCCAUCAGAGAGCGCUUGAAUGUAUCUGUGAAUUACUUCUCUCAGGCUCAGAUCGAUAAUGAGGAGUUGUUCUUUGUCCAUGACGGCAGCCCUGCAUCUGGGGCAUUCUACUUCAGCGUUACUGAUGGCCAUCAUCGUCCGUUGUAUAAACUCUUCAACCUAGAAGUAAUAGAGAUCAUAGUUUCACUUACAAACAACACAGAGGUGAUACUGGACCAAGGACACACCUCUGUGGUUCUCACACAGUCACACCUAUCUGCCUUAACCAAUGGUAAAAACGAUACUGUCCAUUAUAAAAUGACAGUACCACCACAGUAUGGUAAACUUCUACUGGACAAAGAAGAGGUUGAUGUUUUCAGUCAAGACGAUCUACAAAUGCAGAAGUUGAGUUACCAUAUGGUCAACCUUGUGUCUUCUCGUGAUAACUUUGAGUUUACUGCCUUCACAACAGAGGCAAACCUAACUAAUCAAAUAGUGAAUAUCACUGUUAAACCCCUAAUUAAGUACACAGAAGGAGUAAAGUUUCCAAAUGGAAUUCGAAUGAAGCUGAAGCCACACUUCCUGAAUGCAUCUGAACUGGCUUUGUUGAGUGGUAGUGACCCGUUGUUUGAAAUUACGUCACCUCCAGAAAAUGGCAGGAUUUUCCGGGCAACCAGUAGCAAGGGAAAGAAGGCUGAAUCUGUGGAGUCUUUCACUUUCAGUGAGCUACAGCAGAAGAGACUGGCCAUUGAGUUGAGCGCGAAUCUGACAGGAGUCCAGGAAGUAAAUGACUCUCUUGGAUUUGUUCUUAAAGCUAAUAAUGUCCAACCUGCCAGGGGGAUUUUUGCUUUCACCAUCAUACCCUAUGUUCCUACUCUUGUGAUGUCAACAAUGAUGCCACUAUCCACAACCAGACAGGUGUUACCAAACCAAGCCACAGUGAUGGACCCUGCUCCAUCUCCCUCUGUGAAAUCAACACGACGUGUGACCAAAUCAAAAUUCAAGGGUCUCAACCGCUGGGGUAACUCAGACAGUAAAGGCAUUGAUACCACUAUCCUGAAACCAACACAAGGGUCAGAAGAGGUGUAUCCUAUAAAUAAAUCUCCAGUGAAAGUGGAAUCAGUAACCCAUACGGGCUCCUCAAACUCAAUGAUCAUCCUAUUGCCUCUACUUGCUUUCCUACUACUAGUCAUCAUUGUGGUUGUGUUGGGGCUGCUCUUAAGGCGGAACUGGAGGAAAAAGCCUUUAAAGCGUACAUCAGUACCUGAGCCAGACGACCCUUCCUACCAGGAUCAGCCAAAGUGGAGUCCAACCGUCCCCAUUGUAACUGUCACUCCACUUAAUCCAAGAACAUUUGGGAGCUCUACCGCAACCAGACUGCAAACCAGAGGUGAAAACUCCCCGUAUGGUCAGUCUACAUCUCUGUGCUCUUUUGAAGACCUGGAGCAAGAAGUUUCACAGAUUUGCAGGACCACCAACCCCACCCUAAAAGAUAAUCAGUACUGGGUAUGACCUAUGACCUUGAUUAUAGUACAGACCUCUCUAAGCUUCAGAUUCAUCAUUCUCUGCUAAUGAUUGAAGUCUUCCAGAGGGCAUUUACAUUUCUGUAAAAAAAAAACACUGCAUCUUCAAAAAUCUGUGGUAUCAGCCAUUAUGAUUUGCAAAUAUUAUACACAAUCAAUUUUCCAACAUGAACCCAACUUUUUAAGGUACUGAGGGAGAAAACAUUGGCGAGCUGAAGACGUAGGUCUUCUUAUGAAAGCUUAAUCAUAUUGAUAACAGUAUUUUUAUUUUUCAUUUGGUAACACUUUAUAGUAAGAUUGUGUAUGUUAACAUUUAUUAAUCUCGAUUAAUGUUAAUUUAUUUUUUUAAAAUAUAAUGCAUUAACUAAUGUACACUGUCCAACUUUUGAUUUAAAAAAUAUUUUUUACAUGAAAAAAUAUUGAACCUAGAACCUAACAUGAAGCUUGUUUAAUAAGUGCUGUUAAAGUAUUGCUAAUUGUUCUUUCAUGUUAACUAAUGUAAUAAACUAAUGUUAACAAAAACAACCUUAUUGUAAUGUGUUACCUUGAAUUUUGUAUCCUCAUUGGCUGACCGUUAUUGUAUUUUUGUUUGUUUCCUCGAUACACAAAAUCAUUUGUGAAGACACAAGUGAGACUCUGAGUUUUGUUUAAAGAAGCUUUUGUGUCUACCUCAGUUAAGAUAAUCAUUUUGAGUCAGGAUGAUGAGCCCCCCCACCCCCAUAAAUAUAUAAAAAAUUAAAAACACUUACAAUACACUGUAAUGAUAUGACACUGAAAUUAUUUAAAUGGGAUAACAUUUAUGUGGUACCUAUAUCUUUGUUUACGGAAAAAAUAUUUAAACCUUCAAGGAUAUUUAGUUAUAGACUUUGUGAAAUAUUAUAAUUACAUUUAUUCUGUUACUGAAUGAAAAUAAGUGUAAACAAGUGGUGUGCACAUUUUAAUGUAACAGCAAGGUAUAUCUUUUGGGUAUGUUUUACUUAAUCAUGUUGCGUGUUAUAAUUUAAUGUUUAUGUAAAUGUCUUUUGUAAUCUCAGGAACUUCCUUACAGAAGUAAUAACAUACAUAGAAGUUGUAACUCUUUAAAUAAUGAUGCAAUGUGAUAAACCACUGGAUUUCUGGCACUGAUUUGUUUUUGUUUUUUUGUGGUCAAUAAAACACUGUUUUAUUCUUUUGAACUACUCAAAGUGUCAAAGAGGUAAAUACAUUUCAAUAUACAGUAUUUAAUAAAUUUGAUCAGCUUUGGCCAAAGUCAAAGUGCAUUUAUCAUUGUAUUUAAGUUUAGGCAUGUGAUGUAUUAUUUCAACUUAAUUAUUAAAUAUGCAAAAGUUUUCGUUUUUUUCAUGCCCACAGUGUGUGACCCCGCAUGUUGCACAAAAAAUAUCAACUUGGAUUUAGAACAACCUGCAAGUCAUAUUUCAUGGAACAGAGUUACAUAAUACAAGGUUGUUGCUGAAACGGAAUAUACUCUAUUUACAGCAGAUUCAGUCUUUGUGCUUUUUCAAAGUUCAACUUUUUGUUAAAAAAAAAUGUCUUUGUCCCUGUAUAUUCUUUUUCAUGUAUAAGUCCUAUGUAUGGUACACUGAAUAGUUCUAUUUGUCAAUAAACUCUGUGUGUACUGCAGCUAUCUUGACUCUUCAAAUCUUCUGGAGUAGGCAAAAUGUAACAUAUUGUGAUACACCCACUGUGCACUUUAUUAGAAACACUAUGGUCCUAAUAAAUUGCCCGACAUGGUCUUCUGCUGUUUA